GUCCAUCUGCUUGGCUCGUCUGUCACAGUGUUGAGAUUGACGUUCAGAAGAACCCGUAAGAGAAAAGAAAUUAAAGGCUAGGCAGUGCAGCAAGCAACCUCCGCGGUGGAGUCCGUACGGUGCAAGGAAUGAGUUGAUUUCCCAUGAUAUCUGGCCCGUUGCAUGAAGGGGGCAGUCUGCCUAUAGCCAGAGCCUGAGCUGUUCCGCAACCACAUCUGCUGAAAUAGUUUGAGCGCCGGCUGGCAAUGCCUGCACAUCGUCAAAAAGAACAUUUAAGGAAGUUCAGUUGCGGAAGUGCUGCGAGCUGUGCACUUUGCAAGUACAACUCUGAGGAGUUGGUCCCUCCUGGAGAGACAGCAUGCGUGUGGCUGCCCACACGGGCAUCUCAGCCCAUUGUAGGCUUUCCUCUGGGUGACCUUUGGGUUGAGCUUUUCCCUGCUUGGAGCGCCGCUGAUUUACAAUGCAGAUUCACCGGCCCUUGCCUGCCUGCUCCUCUCCUUCCUAAAUUUGGCUGGGAUAUAAGAGGCUGUUUGCUUUCUGAUGCCAACAGCAGCAGUGGCAGAGCGCCCUGCCAUGUGAUAGGCAGAGAUAGAGGAGAGGGGGCCCAGGAGGAGCGAACUGUGCAGCUGCCAUCACUCCUGGAGACGAGGAGCACGUCUGCAGGACAGAAUGUCGAUGCUGACCCCUGUUCUGCAGCCCCCAGAGGUGAAGGAGUAUCUGUCCAAGGGUGAGCGCUUCAUCAAGUGGGAUGAUGAAACGGCAAGCGCUUCUCCUGUGAUUCUUCGAGUGGAUCCAAAGGGCUUCUACGUGUACUGGACCCAUCAGAACAAGGAAAUGGAAAUUUUGGACAUCACCAGCAUCCGAGACACCCGAGUAGGGCGAUUCGCCAAGAUCCCCAAGUGCCAGAAGCUCCGAGAGGUUUUUAACUUGGAUUACCCUCACAGCACCUUCCUGCUUAAGACACUGACUAUUGUAUCCGGCCCUGACAUGGUGGACCUCACUUUCCAUAACUUCGUGUCCUACAAGGAGAACGUUGGCAAGAGCUGGGCUGAGGAUAUCAUGGCCAUCGUUCGGAAUCCCCUCACCUACAAUGCUUCUCGGUACACCUUCCUGGAGAAAAUCCUGGUGAAGCUGAAGAUGCAGCUUAAUGCAGAGGGGAAGAUUCCUGUCAGGAAUAUUUUUCAGAUGUUUCCUGCGGACAGGAAGAGGGUGGAAGCAGCAUUAAGCGCUUGUCAUCUUCCCAAGGGCAAGAACGAUGCCAUCAACCCUGAGGACUUCCCCGAGACUGUCUAUAAAACCUUCCUCAUGAAUCUGUGCCCACGGCCUGAGAUUGAUGAGAUUUUCACGUCGCACCAUUUAAAAGCAAAGCCCUACAUGACCAAAGAGCACUUGGCAAAGUUCAUCAACAAGAAGCAGCGAGACUCUCGCCUCAAUGACAUCCUCUUCCCACCAGCCAAACCCGAGCAGGUGCAGAGCCUGAUAGAGAAGUAUGAGCCCAGCGGGAUCAACAUCCAGAGAGGGCAGUUGUCUCCAGAGGGGAUGGUCUGGUUCCUGUGUGGCCCUGAGAACAACGUGAUAGCACUGGACAAAUUACUGCUGUAUCAGGACAUGACCCAGCCGCUCUCACACUACUUCAUCAAUUCAUCACACAACACCUAUUUAACAGCCGGGCAGUUCUCCGGUAUCUCGUCUCCUGAAAUGUAUCGCCAGACGCUGCUGGCCGGCUGCCGCUGUGUGGAGCUGGAUUGCUGGAAAGGCCGUCCCCCAGAUGAGGAGCCCAUCAUCACUCACGGGUUCACCAUGACCACUGAGAUCCUCUUCAAGGAUGCCAUUGAGGCCAUCGCAGAAAGUGCUUUUAAAACAUCUCUCUACCCUGUCAUCCUGUCCUUCGAGAACCAUGUGGACUCGCCCAAGCAGCAGGCGAAGAUGGCUGAGUACUGCCGAACCAUCUUUGGAGAUAUGCUGCUGACAGAGCCGCUGGAGAAGUACCCGCUGAAGCCAGGAGUUCCUCUUCCAAGUCCUAAGGACCUCUUAGGGAAGAUCUUGAUUAAGAACAAAAAGAACCAAUCGAUAUCUGGGAAGAGGCAGAGCUCUUUGAAGAAAGGGAGGAACGUGGAACCAGAGAUCAUCGAGCAACCAUCCCCUAUGGAUGCUGAAGAUACCGUCUGGGCAGGUGACGUGGCUGAAGAGGAACCAGAGGAAGAGGAGGAUCCUCUCAGAAACCUGGAUGAAGAGCAAAUUAAGAAGAUGCAGUCAGAUGAGGGCACCGCUGGUUUGGAAGUGACAGCAUACGAGGAGAUGUCUAGCCUGGUUAAUUACAUACAGCCAAUCAAAUUUGACUCUUUUGAAGUCUCUGCCCAGAAGAACCGGAGCUACGUAAUCUCUUCCUUCACUGAGCUGAAGGCUUAUGAUCUGCUAACCAAGUUCCCAGUGCAGUUUGUAGAAUACAACAAGCGACAGAUGAGCCGGAUCUACCCCAAAGGCACACGGAUGGACUCCUCCAAUUACAUGCCUCAGAUGUUCUGGAAUGUCGGCUGUCAGAUGGUGGCCCUCAACUUCCAGACCAUGGAUGUCCCCAUGCAGCAGAACAUGGCUCUCUUUGAGUUCAACGGCCAGUGUGGGUAUCUGCUCAAGCACGAAUUCAUGCGGCGCCCAGACAAGCAGUUUGACCCCUUCUCCGUGGACCGCAUUGAUGUGGUGGUGGCAAGUACCCUGUCUGUCACGAUACUUUCUGGUCAGUUCCUCUCAGACCGCAGUGUGAAGACAUAUGUGGAAGUGGAGCUGUUUGGGUUGCCCAGGGACACAAAACGCAAAUACAGAACCAAACUGACCUCCACUGCCAACUCCAUUAACCCUGUGUGGAAAGAGGAGGCUUUUGUUUUUGAAAAGAUCAUGAUGCCUGAGUUGGCAUCUCUUAAAAUUGUGGCCUGGGAGGAAGGAGGGAAGUUCAUUGGCCAUCGUGUCAUCCCUGUUAUUGCAGUGCAUUCAGGCUACCACCACGUUUGUCUCCGCAGCGAAAGCAACAUGCCACUCACCAUGCCUUCUCUGUUUGUGUACCUGGAAGUAAAGGACUACGUUCCCGACGCUUGGGCAGAUCUGACCAUUGCUCUCUCCAACCCCAUUAAGUUCUUCAGCCUGCAAGACAAGAGAUCCGUUAAGCUAAAGGAUGGCUCAGUGGAGAGGCUUGGCCCACAAAGGAACCUCCCAUCUGCUGAAAGUAACGGGAUACCAGACUCUGCUGGGAGAUGCAGCUUUCCUGUUUCAAAUGGGCCUGCAGGAGCAGCGGCUUUCACCAAGGAUGAAAGUGCAAUAGAAGCAACGCAGAUUGCAGAGCCUCAGACAGCAAGCAUCGCGGAGCUGCAGCAGAUGAAGCUCUUUCUGAAGCUGCUGAAGAAACAGGAGAAGGAACUGAGGGAGCUGGAGCGGAAAGGAUGUAAACGGAGGGAGGAGCUGCUGCAGAAGUAUUCUGUGCUCUUCUCAGAGCCUCUGUGCUAUGGAGGCAAGAAAAGAAUGAUAAACAGCAGGAAGACCCAGAAGAAGAGGAGUUUGACUACAGGUGACGUUGGUACAUGUGCAAAUCCUGUAGAAAUGGCAGAAAGCCAAGUUUUGGAACUGAGAGAGAGGCUGGAGAUGGACCUCACCCACCUAGGAGAGGAACACUAUGAUGGGAUUCGAAGAAAGAAAGAGCAGCACGCCACAGAGCAAGUGACCAAGAUUAUAGAGCUGGCCAGAGAGAAGCAGGCAACUGAGCUGAAGGCACUGAAGGAGUCAUUGGAAAGUAACAUUAAAGACAUUAAGAAGAAGCUGGAGGCAAAGAGAGUGGACCGAAUCCAGGCUGUGAUGAGGAGCACCAGCAACAAGGCAGCUCAGGAGAGGUUGAAGAAAGAAAUUAACAACUCUCACAUUCAGGAGGUGGUGCAAACCAUCAAACUGGUAACAGAAAAGACAGACAGGUAUCAGCAGAAACUGGAAGAGAAGCAGGCAGAGAAUCUGAGAGCAAUCAAGGAGAAAGAAAGCCAGCUCCAGCAGGAAGCACUGGUGGAGUAUGAGGAGAAGUUGAAAAGACUGAGUAUGGAAGUGCAGGAGAUGGUGAAGAACUAUGCAAGAGGAAGCUUUCCUGGAGAGCCAGAGGCUCAGAAGGAUGCAGUUCAGAGCAUUCCUGAGGGAGAACAAGGCCCUACAGACCAACUGGAAGAAAAGAUCCUGGUGGCAGAGGUGUCAAGGCUCACAUUCACCGUGCCUGGACCGCCAGGAGCCGAAACAGACGUCGAGAUCGAAGAAAGCAUAUUUUGAGAGAGGCUUCCCUUACUGUUCCACUUCAGGAAGGUUUAAGGAGCUAUACAGUGAAGUUAAAGACCAGCUUGACAAACUCCCACUCUCCCAUUCCACUCCAGGGAGCUCCUGAAUCCUUCAGGAAUGUACUGCAUUAUUGUCCUGGACAUUGGCAGGAGGCUAAAGAGAUCGCCCUUCAGAGACCACUUCGCUCCCAUCUUCCCUGGCCUUAGCACUAAGGAUUUUGAGCAGUGUAAGGGCCCGUGGCUGAAGAUGGGUUUGCUGUUGGCUUUCACAGUGGCAUCGACACUGAUAUUUCAGUCUGGAUUCAGACUUCGGUUUUUAGAGUAAGGCCUCUCCCCCCUCCAUUCAUCACACAUGUCUGUCCACAUCAGAGCGGUCUCCAAGCUGGAUCCUUUGAAUCAAUUUAACAGGCACACUCUCCAGUAGGCCUGCUGAGAGUGAGCCUGGACUAAAGCCUCCGGACACACACAGAGUGGUGGGUCCUCAGCAAACACUUAUCUCCUAAAGUGCCACUCCCACCAGCAACACUACCUGUUACUGCAGACCCCACCUCUGUAGAAGAAAGGGUUGGGUUAGUAGACCCUCACACCAGUUCCUUGGACAACCAGUGUUGGCUCUGUCCCCCCCCCCCGGGAUGAGGACAGUUUUCAGUACAGUGGCACUCACACCACAUCAACCAGCAUUUCCCUCUGUGGAAAUGGGCAUCACCAGUGCUGGAGCUGGUCUGACCACAAACCUUCCAGCAGAACACACCUGGAGUGCCUGCUUCCCCGGAUCUUGGGCUUGUCUUGCCACAGCAAAAGGGAAGUGCAGAGACAGGAGGAGGGGGAUGGUUUUGAGCUGGAAGAGGGGAGAUUGAGAGGAGAUCUUAGGGAGAAAUGUUUGCUGUGAGGGUGGGGAGGCCCUGGCCCAGGUUGCCCAGAGCAGUGGUAGCUGCGCUAUCCCUUGAGGUGUUGAAGGCCAAGUUGGAUGGAGCUUGGAGCCCCUGAUCCAGCAGGAGCUGUCCCUGCCCAGGGGAUGGCAGGGGGUGGGACUGGAUGGGCUUUGAGGACCCUUCCAACCCAAACCACUCCAUGAUUCUAAGUUCCUCUUGGCCACCUUUACACUUCCAUGUUGUAGGACAGCAAAGCUUUCUUUGGGAACACAGCACUGCACGGUGAUCUCCUGCCUCCACACAUACUUUCUCUCACCUGCCUUAUGACCUUGUGUACUCAACAGUUUAAACACAGCAAGUUUUUCCUCAUCCAGAAGAAAGGAGGUCCAACUCUUUUCAUAGCACUGUUAAACACAGACUUUGCUUAUGGAUUCUUAAAAAAGCAGGAAAAGGCAAUAAUUCAGGGCAGAGCAACCGCAUCCUGGCCUUCCCUACAUCAUAGCCUGAAAGAACGGGAGCCCAAGAGCUGAAGUUUGGCUCUGCCCUACAUCUCCUCGUCCCAGAGGCCCCAUCACAUUCUGCACUUGUGGCUACUGCCCUGACACCCCAAAAAUGACUCGGCCCACUCCGGUCAGACACCUGUAGGGAUCACUAAAAAGGUGAAGGAAGAUGGAUACCCUUAGGAAUACAGAAGGAAAUGGGAAUGGCAACUGGUUUGUUACAAAUGCUUAUUUCUAGGAUAAGAUCCUGCAGGUCAAACCUUCCACAUCCAUCAUUCAAGGAAACAACAAAACCCAUACCAACAAAGGAAUUGGUGGGGCUGGGACCCCCAAACCAGCACCCCCAGCCUGGAGAACCUUGUACUGAUGAAAUCCUCACUGGGUGUAUUUGGCCAUUCAAGCCUUUUUCACUGCUACAUCAUAGAGACAUUAAACGCAGUCAUGGAAGAGCAACAGGUGAGCCCAUGGGUGGAAAAGGAGCUACUUUCAUCUUGUUAUUAAAAUCUCUGCCCUAAAUUUGAGACAAUACCAGAAGAGAUGUGUUCGCAAGUGGUGCAAGGGUCACCAGAAUUCAAAGUAGCAUGUAACCCAAUGAUGUCCCCACUCACCUGCUCUUCAGGUUCCUGUUGUGGGAAGGUGACCUCAGGCACAGCAAAUGCGCAGCGUGCAGUGGUUGUGCCGGGAGCACAGUCACACUGCUGGGAAACACGUCGGGAAGUGUUGCUAGUGCAGAGGAAAACCAAACAACCAGCUCCCAGAGGUCAGCGAGAGGAGAUGCUCCAGGCCUGGUCUGGCACCUAAGGACAGCCCAUCCCUCCCUGCGGUGCUAAGGUGAUACUAGAACUGUGUGUUGUAAAUGUCUGACUUAUUUAUUUUCUACAAAAAAAUAAACCUUGCAUUUUUUAAAGAGCUGGACUGGCUUUUUUUAAUUGCAGUUGGUGGGGACGGGAACAGCUGCAGGCGAUGCCCACUGUGUGCACGUCUUGGCAGAAACACCAAGCGCUCUGCCCUCAGAGUUCUCAAAUUCAGCUUCUCCUGUUAUCAGACAGACAGGGAGAUUAUUUUUUUUUAAACAUAACACUCUUCUCACACAUGUUCUCUUCUGUGUGAGUUUGUUCUAUUCUGUAUGGCCCUUCAUAACCAAACAUGGCCAAGAAAAUUCCUCCCACUCCCAAUCCUGCUCCUCCUGCCUUAGAGGUGCCCUUCCUUCACUCCAAGACAGCAUCCCCCUCCCCAGCUUUCCUGCAGCCCUUUUCAGCACUGGAAACUGCUCUAAGGUCUCCCCACAGCCUUCUCUUCUCCAGGCUCAACAACCCCAACUCUCCCAGCCUGGCCUUGGACAGGAGGUGCUCCAGCCCUCGCAUCAUCUCCGU